AUGAUUCACGAUGAAAUUCAAUCAGCAAGUGAAUCGUUACCUACGAUUAACAAUGAAGAAGAUGAGGAUGAAACACACACAAUCAGCAUUAACAAAAAUUGUGAUAUUGAAAAAAGUCAAGUAUUCCCUAAAGAAAAUUAUUUCGUUCCAAACGAAGUACAACUAGCAAAAUUGAAAUGGUCUUUGGAUCAUCCAUUUUUCCGAGAGUUCGAUGAGGUAUUCGGUAGAGACACUGAUACUGAACUCUCAGAUUAUGAGUCAUCUUCAAGUGAAUCCAAUGUAGAAAAUGUAUUACUCAAAAAGUAA